CGGUUUGAGCUGCGACGGUGGCCAAAUUGUGGACAGCGAGGGGCGAGCGCAAGGGAGACCCCCCUGCCGCAGCGCCGCCCCCAGCGCUCCCAGGACCCGCUCCAGGAGAUGAUAGAAAGUGACAUCCCACCCAAAAUGUCAGGAAUGAUCAGAAGUUCGGGGCUCAGUCACCACCGCUCUCCGCAGGAAUUCAGGCUCCUGCCUCCCAUGGGUGACGAUGACCUCCCCGGGGACCUUCAGUCGCUGUCUUGGCUCACAGCCGUGGACGUGCCUCGGCUGCAGCAGAUGGCCAGCGGGCGGACAGAGCUGGGUGGCCCCAGUGUGCUGCGUCCACACCCAGGUGCCUUGGCUGGGGCAGCCGACCUGAGUGUGGGUGCGACCCCUCGUCCCCUGCUCCGGGGCCAAGCUGCCAUGGCCCCCAGAGGCAUGCUGGGUUUGGGCCCCAUAGGCAGCCACAGAGCCAGCGCUGAGCAGAUGAACCAGUUCCCCAUAGGAAGCCCGUCAUCCUCGGGCCCACAGGAAAUACCACAGCUGUACUCACCUCCGACCCCACUCCAGUUCCCUCUGCCUCCAGGGUCCCAGCAGUGCCCUCCUGCAGGCCUCUAUGGCGCCCCGUUUGCAGCGCGGCCUUCCUACCCACAAGCCCACAUGACCGCACAUCCAUCUCAGGAGCUGCACCCCAAACACUACCCCAAACCCAUCUACUCCUACAGCUGUCUGAUCGCCAUGGCCUUGAAGAGCAGCAAGACGGGCAGCCUGCCUGUGAGCGAGAUCUACAGCUUCAUGAAGGAGCAUUUCCCUUACUUCAAGACGGCGCCCGAUGGCUGGAAGAAUUCAGUAAGGCACAACCUGUCACUCAACAAGUGCUUCGAGAAGGUGGAAACCAAAUCCAGCGGCUCCUCCCGCAAGGGCUGCCUGUGGGCCCUGAACCUGGCACGCAUCGACAAGAUGGAGGAGGAGAUGUAUAAGUGGAAGAGGAAGGACCUCGCGGCCAUCCGCCGCAGCAUGGCCAACCCGGAGGAAUUGGACAAGCUCAUCUCAGACCGGCCGGAAAGCUGCCGGCGUCCUGGCAAACCAGGGGAGCCCGAGGCCACCGUGCCGACUCACGCCACCACAGUGGCCAUGGUCCACAGCUGCCUGGCCACCUCCCAACUCCCGCCAAAGCCACUGAUGACCCUGUCCCUGCAAUCAAUCCCCCUGCACCACCAGGUCCAGCCCCAGACACACCUGGACCCAGACUCCCCGGCACCAGCUCAGACCCCACCACUUCAUGCCCUACCCCAUCUCAGCCCAGGGCCUCUCCCCCAGCCAGCCAUGGGGAGGCCUCCUGGGGACUUCCUCAACAUCAGCACCGACAUGAAUACGGAGGUGGAUGCCCUGGACCCCAGCAUCAUGGACUUCGCUCUACAGGGUAACCUUUGGGAAGAGAUGAAGGAGGACAGCUUCAGCCUGGAGACGCUGGGGGCCUUCGGAGACUCCCCACUGGGCUGUGACCUGGGGGCUCCAAGCCUGACCCCCGCCUCUGGCGGCGGCGACCAGACCUUCCCUGAUGUGCAGGUGACAGGUCUCUAUGCUGCAUACUCAACCCCAGACAGCGUGGCCCCGGCGAUGGGCACCUCUGCUCAGUACCUGGGUCCUCCAGGGAAUAAGGCCAUAGCUCUGCUUUAGGCCGCCGGUCUGGAGGAAGGCACCGUGGCCACAACAGUGUCUCCAGCCGCUGGUGGACGAGGAAGUCCCAAUGCUUAGUUCCUCCCUGCUCCCCCCAUGCCACCACCAGACACUUCCGGGGCACCCAAGUCAGAAGCAUGGGGGGAUGUCAAGCACCCCACCCCACCUUCUC